GGUCAACUUUUUCAAAAAAAUCAUCCGUUGGCAACUGCAUUAAUAGCUCCAACAGCUAUUUUUUCAAAUUUUUGAACGUUGGACUCCCUCUCUCCUAUAUAUUUGGACCCCCUCUUCUCAUUUUUACACACACAAACACAAACUUCUUCAAUCUCCUUGCAUAUUUUAUCCUCUCUAACAUUCUUUUUGAGAUUUCUUCAUCACCAUGGCCAAAGAUAAGAACAGGGCAGGAGCUUCCGGAAAAUCCAAGGCCAAAUCCCGGGCACCGGUAACCAAUCCCGAGGAUCGCAUCGACUACGGCGAUGGGACGUAUCUCUGGGCUACGACGACCUCGACGCGCAGCUUCAUCAAGCCGGCCUUUGGCCGUUUGUCUCCCAGCUUCUACUCCAACCUCCGCCGUGAGGACGACGUGCUCUACUCGCUCGUCAAGAGCACGCCGAUCGAGCUCACCGUGGAGCGGCUUGGGCGCAUCGCCGGCCUCCCCUUCCAAGGCGACGAUGUGUCACACUAUGGUGGAGAGGAUUGGGUGCUCAACAACGAGGGCCUUAUCCUCAACGAGCUUGGCAUCACCGAGCUCAAACGCCAUGCCUCAGGCCGCCCAACCAUCCACUCCGCCAAACCCGAAGGCCGCCUGGUCCUCUACAUCGUCACCCGAAUCCUCAAAC